AGGCCCCCACCUGCCCCAGCAUCCCCCGCGGCGAAGCUGGGUGCCGCGGGGAGUCUGGCCACCAUGCCACCUCCUCUCCUCCUCUUCUUCCUCCUCUUCCUUACCCCCACGGGAGGCAGAUCCCAGGAAGCACUGCUGGUGGAGACUAAAGAGGGAGACAAUGCUGUGCUGCCGUGCUUCAGUCCCUCAGAUGGUCCCCCUCAGAAGCUGGCCCAGUAUAAGGAGACAGAAGCUUUCUUACAGCUGAGCUCAAAGUUACGAGACCUGAGCAUUCAGAAACGGCCCUUGGGCAUCAUGCUGCUCGUCUUCAACGUCUCUAACCAGAUGGGGGGCUUCUACCUGUGCCAGCCGGGGCCCCCUUCUGAGCAGGGCUGGCAGCCUGGCUGGACAGUCAGCGUGGAAGGCAGUGGGAAGCUGUUCCGGUGGAAUGCUUCAGACCUAGAUAACCCAGGCUGUGGCCUGGGCAAAAGUUCCUCAGAAGGCCUCAAGACCUCUUCUGGUCACCCUGCAAGCUCCCAGCUGUAUGAGUGGGCCAAAGACCAGCCUCAUAUCCGGGAGACAGCCCUUGAAUGUGCCCCAAAUAGGAGCAGUCUGAACCAGAACCACAGCCAAGACCUCACUGUGGCCCCUGGCUCCACACUCUGGCUGCCCUGCGGGGUGCUCCCUGAUUCCAUGGUCACAGGCCCCGUCUCCUGGAUCCACAUGCAUCCCAAGAAGACUGCCUCAGUGCUGCGCCUAAACAUGACGAAGGAUACCCAAGUCAGAGAGAUGUGGGUAUCGGGCACCCUCAGGGGAGGGGCUGUUCUGUUGCUGCCCCAGGCCACGGCUCAAGAUGCUGGCACCUAUCAUUGUUACCAUGGCAACACGACCAGGGAGGUGCACCUGAAGGUCACUGCUCGGGCAGCUGUGUGGCAUUGGCUGAUGGAGACUGGUGGCUGGAAAGUCCCUGCUGCAACUUUAGUUUAUCUGAUCUUCUGCCUGAGUUCCCUCGUGGGCUUUCUUCAUCUUCGAAGAGCCCUGAUCCUGAGGAGGAAAAGAAAGCGAAUGACUGAUCCCACUAGAAGGUUCUUUAAAGUGACGCCUCCCCCGGGAACCGGCGCCCAGAACCAGUAUGGGAAUGUGCUCUCCCUUUCCACGUCCUCCUCUGGCACGGGACGCGCCCUGCGAUGGGCUUCAGGCCUGGGGGCCACCGUCCCGCCCUACGGAAGCCCGCGCAGCCACGUCCAGGAGGCCAGAGCCGCCGGGUCCCGGAGCCCGCCCGGAGCGGGCCCAGAAGAAGAGGAAGGGGAGGCCUACGAGGAGCCAGACAGUGAGGAGGACUCCGAGUUCUAUGAGAACGACUCCAACCUUGGGCAGGACCAACUCUCGCAGGAUGGCAGCGGCUAUGAGAACCCUGAGGAGGGGGCCUUGGGUGCUGAGGAUGAAGACUCCUUCUCCAACGCAGCUGAGUCUUAUGAGAAUGAGGAUGAAGAGGUGGCCCAGCCAGUCACCAGGACAACAGACUUCCUGAGUCCCCAUGGGUCAGCCUGGGACCCCAGCAGGGAGGCAACCUCCCUUGGGUCCCAGUCGUAUGAGGAUAUGAGAGGGAUCCUGUAUGCAGCCCCCCAGCUCCGCUCCUUUCGGGCCCAGCCUGGUCCCAAUCAUGAGGAAGAUGCAGACUCUUAUGAGAACAUGGAUAAUCCCGAUGGGCCAGAACCAGCAUGGGAUGGAGGGGGCCACGUGGGGACCUGGAGCACCAGGUGAUUCCCUUCAGGUUUCCUGCCUGUGCCUGAAGCAUUUGAGCAUGUGACUCCUGGUGAAAGCAUCCUGUCUUCUUGAGGGUGAAUCCAUGUCUGGGUCUUCUCUGUGCUCCUGGUACCCAGCCAGGGAAUGGCAAAGAUCAGGAAGUGAGUGGGGAAGGAGUGAGUGAGUGAAGGACUGGAGGAAGUCCUGAGAUUCGGGGUGCAGAGGAUGGAGCCACUCCUGCCACCCAGGGAAGUCUCCAGGGAAGUUGGGGAACAGAGAUAUGCUAACUCCGGCCCAGUGCUCUGGAAUCAGACUAUCUGAGUUUGAAUCCCAGCUCCACCCCUUUCUAGCUGUGUAACUCAAGCUAUCUGUCCUGUAGUUUCCUGGUCUGUAAAAUAGGGAUAAUAACUAUAGCUAUCUUAACGAGUUUUAAAUGACAUGUAAAGCACAUGACAGUGGCCUAGUAAGCACUCAAACAUUAGCCAUUAUUAUUAUUUGUCAUUUAUUAAGGGCCUACUGUGUACCAGUAGCCAGAGGGCACCAAGACCAUUUGGAUUGGGGCUUCCUCCUGGGCAGAGAGACCUGCCCAGGAGGAAGCCGCACUCCAAAGCUUCUCUACUUCCUCCCCCAUGACUCGGUUUUUUGGCAGGGGCUGGACUUAAUAGCUCUUGAGCAAAGUUUAGGAAGGAGGAGGCUUAAGGGACGUUUCAGGCUCUCAGGCCCACCCCCUGCUUCUCUAGUUAGCAGUGGACUCCCAGGUGGGGCCCAAGGCUGGCAGAAGGGCUUUUGGUGCAAUCUCUAUGCUUCCACCCUGACUACAAAGAGUGGCUGAAGGUUUCCUGGGGCUGGAAGGUCCUUGGAGUCUCCUCUGUCAGAGCCUAGGAGCCUUUGUUUCCUGGGAAACAGCCUUAUCUGCUGGGGUUGUGCGCCUUCAGUCUUGGCCUGGGCUGAGUCUGUGUGGAGGAUUUGAGGUGUGGGCUGACUGAUAUGGUGUGUAUGUGUUACCAAACCAGGUUCAUUUUUCCCGCCACACAAUUCUACCAGUCACCGAGAUGAUGAGUUUGCAAAGAGAAAGGAUUUAAUCACAAGGCAGUCAAGUGAGGAGGCGGGAGAAUCAAUCUCAGAUCCACCCUUCUGAAAAUGGGGACUCAGGGAUAUUUAUGGGGUAGGGAACAAGGUGGUCUGAAGUGUGGGAAUAGAUGAUUGGAGGUGGGGAGAAGUGAGGUAAUUGACGAUUUGCACAAGCAUAGUCAAGCUUCAUGCCUCUUCACAGGAUGCAUGUUCACAAAAUGGCAGCAUUACCAUGAUCUGAGGGUGGAGUUUUUAGCUCCUUGACGUCAAAAAGGUCACUUGUUGAGCAUUUGUGCAGGCCUAGUUGAUGGGUUGAUGGUCUCUACUGGCCUGAACUGGACAAGGGGUCUCAGUCCCUGAAAAACCACCCUUAAUUACUCUGUUGAUAAGAUGGGAUCAGUUGAACCAGUCCUGGAGGGCCCGUGGUUAUAUUUGUAGGGGGAUGUGGGUGAUGGUCAUGAUGCUGUACUGGAUGAAUGUCUGAAGUCCGAGUUAUGUGAACAUUAUGUGAGUGAGAGGCAGGUGGUAUUGGGUGUAUGCUGUGUGGGUAUCAUGUGUGAAGUGUGGUCUGGGCUGUAUGGUGUGAGGUGUCAGGGGUCAUACAGUUGGAAGUGAUAUUGGAGGUGUGAAGUGUUGAAGGAGUGUAUCUGCUGCUGGGGUGCAUUUCAUGCAGGAAUUGUGGGUAGGCUAGAUGUGUGGAGGAUAUGUAGCCUCUGAGGUGUGUGAUGUUGUUGGUGGGUGUUUCGGGGAAAUAUAGCGAACAAACAAAAUCUCCCAACUCAGAAAACCUCCCCUCAGAGGUAGAAGAGACAGAAAACACUUUUAUUAUUAUUUUUCUUUUUUUUUAAAGAUUGGCACCUGAGCUAACAACUGUUGCCAAUCUUCCUUU